CCAAAACUUGAUUUGUGAAAGUGACACACGACUUACGAAGUUUUGUGAAAGUGGCCGAAGGUUGUCUAACAGAACGAAUGUAACUCAGUCGACAUGUAUCGUUUCAGAAUCAGCCGUUUAUAUUCUUGUGUGUAGUUGAAGAGGAAUGUCAUUCCUACGCUGUAAAGUUAUUUGUGUUUUUCUUCGUUAAAGAAUGAAACGACAGACUGUACAUGUAUUUGUGGUUUGCUGAAAAGGAGGCUUAUCUUCAGGCAUGUAUACCUUGACCUUAUCUCUAAUACGUGUGGUGGUGUACCCUAUUUUUGUCGUACCUCUGAGUUGGAUUAUGGCUCUUAGCUACAUGUACCUGUAGAGAUUAUCCGUCACCGUAAAGCUGUUUACCUUGUAACAGACACAGGUCUGCGACUUGAGAGCUAGCAUUCCAGGGAUUUCACUCAUGUGUGCUUACAAACAGCCGCAAGACAGAAACAUAGGCGAGACUAUGGUGGACACGCCAAAAAUGCCUACAUAUAACUAUGGACGAAGAAAAUGCGUAUCGGACAAAAUACCACUAGACCUGUCAGAAUGUGGAAUGGAGAAAAGCAAUGAUCAAGAUUCAAAAAGUUUUAAGAACGUCGCCCCGAGAAUGAAGAAAGUGGUGAGGGAGGCAACUGAAACCCAAAAGUUUUAUGAAGACACCCUGAAAUAUCGGCAGCAGGAUCGUCUGGCGGCCAGCCGGCUCCCCCGUGCGGUGUCGCUGGACUCACAGAGUGAAGACGACCUCCCUCCGGUCUUUAACAAGAGGCUGUUUGCCUCACAAGGUACAGUCGUCCUCACACCGGAAGCAAGAAGGAUCAUGCGCAAAAACGAAAGUAGAAACAUAACCAAGGAUUCGUCCAUUAUGCCAAAGUCCGAACUACUGGCGAUGCGGGCUGUGGUUGAAGGACUGAAGUUAAUUCACAAAGGAAAAGACUACAUAAAAGACUGUCUCAGUCAGGUUGUGACGUACGAGAGUUAUGCCCCUUGGGAAUACAUUACAAAGAAAACACACGAAGAGAAUAUUUCCUGCUAUUACAUCGUCCACGGCGCAGUGGAAGUGACGUAUGGGAUCAGCGUGACAGAGUCUAAGAAUAUGUACCAGCCGAAUAUCAUUUACAAUCACGGGUCCGGGGAGUACCUCGGCUUGGUCUCCCCCGAGGGCUGGAGGGAAGAUCUCGCUCCUCCUGCUACCAUAUACACCAAAGAAGCCUGUGAAUUCCUUCGAAUAGACAGAACCAGUUUCCACCAAACCAUUGAGCGGAUUCUCACAAAAGAAGCACAAGAAAAAAGGAAAUACCUGGCAAGCGGACCGAGCGUCUUGUCUUUGAUGCCCCAGGAUGGCAAAGAGAAAGUGCUACCCAAACUCCUGAAACAGGAAUAUCCUCCAAACAAAAUUAUAAUUCAUCAAGAUGAAACCGCAGACGAUUUCUUCAUCAUUCUCUCUGGACGCUGUAACGCCUUCCGUCAAGUGUUCAUCCCAGAGACCAACAAAGAGGUGACGUUUUUCAUGGCUGAGCUGACGGCAGGGAACUUUUUCGCCGAGGAGUGUGUGCUGAACCAGAUGCCCAGCAUCUGCACAUUAAUAACAACAUGUCACACAGUUUGCUACAAAAUGCACAGAUCGGGACUGGAAAUUGUCAGCAAAGAUUGUCUCGCUAACAUCAUUCAGGAACACCGUAACCAAUACGCCACGGACGACGAGCUUCAAGACAAAGGGUAUUCUACUUCCGUCUGGAACCAUUUCAAACACAACGAGGUGAAGACCUGUCUGACAGAGAGCAGACGACCGGAUCUGUUAACAACCAAGCACUGGGAAAGGGCACAGACCCGACCCCCUGGCGAAAGAGAACUACGGAGAGAAAACAUGUACCGAUUUGUCCUGAAAGGCUCCGGCAUGCAACCCGUGCGCGCGCGGUCUGCCGUAAACCGAUCCGUGUCCCCGAUGUCGUUACCGGCUCGCUCAAAGUCAGCCUUAGACCCUAUGAUCGAGGACGAUACUUCUGAAACAGAAAGCGAUAUCACGGACACGAAAUCAGUUCAGGAACUGGUCCACAACAACAGACGGACUAGCAGGCGACUAGUUCCAGCGGUGGCUCGGGUUUUGGAAAAGCACCACAAGGAAAUCGAUAAAGUGGGAGCGGCCAACUCAGCGGAGCUGUACAAGUUCCUUCAGGAUAACACGGAACUCACAAAACAGUUCAAGACGGCUUGGAUCGAUGACAUGGAGCGAGAAUCACUGGAAAGAAACUUCAUGGACAAUGGAGUCUUGGUUUCCAUGAACAGCGACGAUAUCGUGAGGAAGGCGAAAGCAAUCGCUGACACCUUCGCCGACAAAGUCAAACCCAAGAAGACAUCUAGCUUUUUCAAGGAGGACGAAGAUUGGGAAACAAUCCUUCGGACAGAGAACAAGCAGUCUAAAGUGUUCAUCGCUGUCAGUAAAUACCGAACCGAAACUUUAAGAAAAAAACUGAUAGAACUUCAAAGCCAACGAACACGAGAGCGGAAAAAGGGGAGGUUACCCUCACGGUCAAUGUUAGAAGAGCAAACGCUGGACGAUCAGAAAAAGCUGAAGGGUUUUGUACUGGAUAAAAUAGCAGAUGGUAUCCGUUUGGACGCGGAUAAAGACGCGAUGCGGUCAAGUUCCAUAGCUGGCGUUUUGAUGGUGGGAAAAGCAGUACAGAAGUUCAAGAGAAGCGCCAAGCUAAUGAGAUCUAAACAAGUGGGCAAAUCGUUCGAGAGGCUGGUGAAGGAGCACACCCCUGCAACGCUUCGCGAGGAACCCGAGUUGCCUGUAACUUCACGACGUCGCCCCAGCAGUGCUGUGGUGACACGGCGAGAUAUGAAGCAAGCACAGUUGUUAGUACAAUCGAACAUGGUGUCAGUGGAUGCAUGACAUUGAUGUCAACGGAUGACUUCACCUACUACAAAUAGUGUCGCAUAGGAAGGUGGGGUACAGGCCUUUAUCUCAGGGCUUAAGUCCCGACCUACAAACUGUUUUCUACGAUUAGCAGGAAAAGAACUGCGUUACCGGCGUUGUCUGUUAACUACAGUUUUGUCAUCCAAGAAAGCUUUUCGGCGCCAGCGCUAAUUCGUCCAAAAGAACAGUGCGAUUUCUACCAGAACUCAUACGAUGUAGAGUAGCAUUUCACAGAUACUUUGUCGAUACGAUACUCUGUGAUGAUCUCCAUGCUGUGUCUGCACGAAAUACCUACGAGAUACGAGCCUAUUAAGUUCACGGAAACCUCAACAGUGCUUCAAAACGAGACGUCACAGUUCCUGUAUAAAGGAACAGGAAAUUCGAUAGUGACAAAGCACGUGACCUUCACAUAACGAGACGUCAUGUUUUGGUCAACUGGACACAUGUAAAGAACACUUUGUUCUUGAACAAAGAUUUACAAGCUCUGUUGAAAGGAACUUAUAUCAUAGAUGGUAGAUCAUGCAAAAGUGCGAGUUACAAACAAAUGAAUGGUAAAGGGAUUAUAUGUACGUCCGAAUUCUGCUUUGUGAUUUGUGUGACAAUGAGAGCAACCGCACGGUUAAUCAAAAUAUGUCAUCUUUAUCUCUUAAAGGUGGGAUACAAUAUGCGUUGGACGUCAGUGUUUAAAAUAUCAGGUGGCAAGAAUAUGACAAGACUUGGAGCAAGUAUCAAUAACUGUGGCACUAAACAA